GAGAUUAGCGCGCACAGACGAACAGACAAACAGACAAACAGACAAACAGACAAACAGACAAACAGACAAAAAAAAGUUAAUUACAUUUUUGGGUUCGACAUCGACAUAACAAUAACCCCUGCUAUUUUUUUUAUUUUUAUUUUCAAUGUACAGACAGCACUUUUCUACGAUUUUAUUAUAUGUAUAGAUAUAGAUAGAUAUCCCUAAAACCCUCCUAAAAUAUCUUUUCUUCGAAAAAGAUUUUCGUGACAGAUGGCAAAAUAUCUUGUUUUAAAACUCGGUUUACGUUAUUCUGAAGGUGUAAGUACUUUUAUGGGGGGAUACCCAAUUCUAAAAAGAUGUCUAAAGAUUUUUGAUUCAGACUGUAGCGUCCACAACAAAUUAAGUAAAGCUGAUAAUAAUUUAUAAAAGCAAGCUCAGAGUUCCGUGUCAAGUUAAAUUGCUAGUUACUUAUAAUUCUGUUUAAGUAAGAAUCAAAACAAGUCCUCUUAUAAACUUCCCUGUCCUGGGAUUAUAUACAUUAUACAACACCAACGCCAUCUAUUUUCUGUGCAUUAGGAAAUAAGUAAACGGUUUAUAUGUGGGCAAUAUUAAAAAUAUAGUUAACCGAGUCAGUUGGAUGUCAAAAUGUUCGACGAUUGUAUGGUCUACCUGUCAAGCACCGUAGUUCCGUAGUGUCGCCUCAGAUGGCGUUGUAAUAGAAUUUUAACUAUUUUCAUAAGGGAGAUUCCACCACGUCCUAUAACAACGUGACAUAUAUAAAAAAAAGAUAUUAAAUGUAUAAAAAAAUAUGCCAUAGUCCUAAGUUCAAUUUUUUACACCUUCAGACGAAAAAACUGCUAUGAAAAUUGUUCAGGCGCUGUUAUGAAAAAUUCGUACAUAUGAGUAUUUAUGGACCGAUUAUAAACUCUUUUUUGGUUUAAAAGCGUACCCCCAAGGUAGUCUCACGUCCAUAAUCAUAAUUCAUAUCUCCAGGAUCCAGGAGAAAUAAAAGUAAAAUCUCAAAAAUAUUUUUUAAUUUAUAUAUUUAUUUUGUAAUGUAAAUGUAAUAUAUAAGUUAGGAAGUAUGUAUGCCAUAUUUUUUCUAUAUUUUUACCUUUGUUUUUGAGAUAUCUCACGUUGUAAUAGGACGUGGGGCAAUUUUGUAUGGGUUGUGACCCCUCUUUUAAAUUGAUCAUUGUUGACAGUUAAAAAAGUAUAAUUCAUCAACAAUGGAUAGUUGUCAUUAUUCAUUGUUAUUAUAAUAUGGUGUGGUAUGAUAUUAGCAAAAACUAUCUUCACCCCUUACCUUAUAAGUAGGUGAUAUCGUAAGCCUCUGUCGACAUUUUUGACAAUACCAUGCUUGAUGAUAUUGAAAAGUGUAUUUAUCAAUUCUAUAUUAAUCAUUGCCUUAGUUGGAAGAACUAUUUUGACUUUAAGUGCUCAAUGUCUUCUUAUUUUAUUCUUAAUUUUUUUUAUACCUAGCAAAGUAAGUAGUACCUAGUCGUAAUAGCAUAAUUAGGUACCUAAUUAUUAGGUAGCACCGUAGAAGUUAUACAUAUUUGCCAUACUAAUAUCUAACCUUUUUAAGGAGUACAACAUAGGUAUAGCAAUAGAGCUGUGACGAGUUUGCGCAGUAGUUGUAUAAUACCCCACAGUAAGUAUACCUUUAGGAAAAUAUCAAUAGCAACGAAGAAGUAUACAAACGGAACAUUGGUAUCCCUAUCUUCUACCGCGCAUGCGUUAUUUGUACGCUACUGGAUGGUUGGUACGUCCAGAAAAAUCAUUACAGUGCUGAGUGUAUGCAUUAUACUCGUAAAAAUAGAAACAGUGUCACAAGUAUGUUCGGAACUAUUUAGUCAUGACGGAAAUAUCAGAAGACAGCUUUGAAAGAUGUUGUCGCCUGUGUGCGGAAGAACAAGAUGUAACCAUAAUGAUAUUUAGUCAGGAAGCCGAAGCAAUGCUUUUACAAAACAAGCUCAACAGUUACUUAUUAAUUGAAGUGGAUGAAGACGACAAGUUACCCAAAAACAUUUGUAUCCAAUGUUGUACCAAGUUACAAUCGGUAUGCGACUUCAUAGACAAGGCACGAAAAGCUCAAGAAGUUCUUCUCCAACGAAGUUUUAUGAUAGACCAGAUUGCUCCAACCAAAUGUAUGAUUUCUUUAGUGACAACAGAACAAAAGCCUGAGCCUGAAGAGAUCGAAGAAAAUGAAAAAUAUACGGAAAUGGAAGUGAGUGUGGAUCCCAUGAUGGUGCUUCAAAAUUCUGAAGUCCCUUUAUCACCGGGUUAUGAUAACAAUGUUAACGACGUCACUUAUUUACAUGGUCUGGAUACCGAAAAUGUAACAAUAAAGUUAAUAAAGAAAGGCGAGACACAUUCUAUGUUUGAAGAUAAUGCAAAGGAUAAACUGCCGUCUAAUUCAUCUGGCUCUCACAACAGUGAUGAUGAUGAUAAAGUGAAACCUUUUAAAUGUACUUCAUGUGAGCGUAGCUUUUGUACAGAUUUGGCAUUAAAAAACCAUAGCUGGAUACACCUUCCCGAAAAUAGAGAUGAAAAGCAAUAUACUUGUAACACAUGUUCAGAAGGAUUUUAUUACAAGUAUGAUUUAAUAUCUCAUUUAAAAAAGCAUAGAUCUAAUGGUGUGUGUCAAUUAUGUGGAAGAAUGUUCAGAUCAGAAAAAACCUAUGUUGCUCAUAUGUAUGUGCAUUUACCUUCGAGUAAAUCAUACACAUGCAAAAUCUGUGGCAGAUCCUACAAUACAUGGGGUGGUCUAAAAACACAUAGUGUUACUCAUAGUGCGGAAAGACCCUAUACAUGUGAUGUUUGUAACAAAACUUUCAAGAGAAAUCAGGAUUUAAAAUUCCAUGUCAACCAACACACUGGGGCGAAACCUUACAAAUGUCCAUUCUGUGACAAGUGCUUUGCAAGUUCUGGAAAUUGUUAUUCUCAUAGAACUCGUAUGCAUCCUGGUGAAAAACAUGAAAGGUCUGUAAGAAGAACUAUUCCCACAGCUGACGUCCCAGUACUCCGACCAAUCGCUCCUAAGCCGAAACCUGCUAAUGUGCCUCCACAUAACAAUAUGACCACUGUAAAUGGUGUGGUCAAAUUCAAAUGUCACUUAUGUGAGCAUAGUUUUGCGAAAAAAGAAAACUUCAAUUACCACAUGUAUCAACACACAGGAGAAAAACCUUAUAAAUGCACAAACUGCACAGAAAAGUUUGUAACGAGAAGAGGACUACUCAUACACCACGACAACAAACAUCCUGGACUGAAUCGGCCAUUGGGGCUUAUCUCCAAAAAUAGUUUGCUCAAAUGAAAAAUAAUAGUUUUUCACAGUUUAAAUAGCAAUAAACGUCUACUUCAAUAUUUAUUACAACGAAUCUUGUUUUAUUUAAAACAGAUGUCGAUGGGAAAUUGGAGACUAUUUAUUAUUUACAAUACAAACAAAAUUUACCUGA